CUCGUCCUUCUUCUACAGAGACCUGUCCAGCAUUUAGAGGCCAUUGUUGCUGCCAGCCAGCCAGCCCGUCUUAUGCGCACCUACUGUGUAGCUAGCUGUGUAGGCCCUGCCGUUGCCGCCAACUACAUAGGUACCUAGGUACCCAGGUAGGUCACCCACGCAGCCACGGGGCUCCAUCCUACACGUGCAUGUGGUGGGGCCCAUGAAGGAAUGCAUUUGAUCAAGUGAACAAACGACGGUGGUGAAUGUCAUUAAUGAGCGAUGGAUGUUGAUUGUAGUGCCUCCAAAGAAAAGAAACAUGUGCAGGCUCCCGAUCUGGCUUGGUGCCUGAGGGCCUGGCCAAUCAUAAAAUUCGCCUGCUCUGCCCUCGACAUUUUCAAUGGGGCCCCUGCAACUCAGAGCCGCGAGCUGCCGCUGCCUGCGACGGGCCUAGCGUGCUGAUCCGAGGUUUCGCCCCUGGCAGCCUGGCUGAUUUGCAUCACAGCACCCAAGUCCAACCCGUGGCGGGCCCGACCCUUACUUAAAACCUCCCGCUUCCCCGCGUCACAUCUCUUGUCGCCAUUGUUCGCUCCCCAUCUUGAUCCCACCCAUUCGUCAACCACCAACCCAAUACAACUUCUUUGCCUGUGAUACCCCUCGUGGUACUCCAUCAAUCAUUCUUCAUCAAUCCACACUUCUUCCCCACAUAUCAACAUGACUGGACGUGGCAAGGGCGGCAAGGGCCUCGGCAAGGGAGGUGCCAAGCGUCACCGCAAGAUUCUUCGUGACAACAUCCAGGGUAUCACCAAGCCCGCCAUCCGACGUCUCGCCCGUCGUGGUGGUGUCAAGCGUAUCUCUGCCAUGAUCUACGAGGAGACCCGCUCCGUCCUCAAGUCCUUCCUUGAGGGCGUCAUCCGUGACGCCGUCACCUACACCGAGCACGCCAAGCGCAAGACCGUCACAUCUCUGGACGUUGUCUACGCCCUGAAGCGACAAGGCCGCACUCUGUACGGUUUCGGUGGUUAAACAUCUCAUGACUCGGCAUUGGCUGGCGAUUCACAAUUGUUUUUCUGUUUGAGGCGGGGGUUGGCAUCGGCACCAGGGCAGGUUUGGAUUGUGCCUACUAUGAUGAUUAUGGGAUUCGGUUUCUGCUUUGGGUUCUCUGUACCAUACGGGCAAACGGUGUUCUGAGUGGAUAACAUAAUUGAUACCUCCAUGCUUCAGGAGGGCGUACCUGAUGGUACUUGAUGAAAACACAUUCUGCCGAC